GAUUGUUCCUCAGUGCGUGGUAACUCGGGAAUGAUGAGACUCCAAAUCCUGCUCCUUCCAUUCCUCCAAGUGACACUAGUUCAAUCCCUCAGCGAAGUCUCAGGUUAUGUUGGGGAAAACAUUACCUUAACGUCAGGAGCUGACCCAUCAUGGGAACUUGCUACAAUUGACUGGUCAGUAUUCCCAAACGAUACUUGGAUUGCCACCUAUCGCAGUGGGAAGGCAAAUAUUGAACGACUCCAUCAGUACACAGGGAGACUCAGUCUCAACAUCUCCUCAGGUGACUUGACGAUUUAUAAUUUGACCCCAGAGGAUGCCAUGGAAUACACUGUAGACCUCUUAAACUCUAAAGCACAGGACAAAGUAAACAAGAUCAAGCUGACAGUGAGACAACACCUCCAGAGACCAACCAUACAGACUGUCACCAGUACAUCUGCAGAAGGAGGCUGUUGGAUCGGCCUGCAUUGUUCUUCAACAGAUCAAGGUGUUGGCUUCUCCUGGCAGAUUAAUCCUCCCAGUGUGACUGUUUUCAGAAUGAGUAAUCCUGAUGGAAACUCUGCAGCUCUUUUAGCAUUUCUCAACACCACACAUAACCCAGUCCAAUUCACCUGCACCUCCAGCGGGCAGAUGGAGAGCACCUCAAGUGUCGUCACUCAUAACUGUGAUGAUGACAAGCCUCAGCCUCCUGAACCUAAGCUACUUCCUCAGCUCAGAUGUAGAUAUGUUUGGGUUUUUUUCAUAGGAUGCUUUCUGGGAAUUUCACUUACAGCAAUUACUUUUUACAUUUUUGAAGUGACACUAGUUCAAUCCCUCAGCGAAGUCUCAGGGUAUGUUGGGGAAAAUGUUACCUUACCAUCAGGAGCUGACCCAUCAUGGGAACUUGCUACAAUUGACUGGUCAGUAUUCCCAAACAACACUUGGAUUGCCACCUGUCGCAGUGGGAAGGCAAAUAUUGAACGACUCCAUCAGUACACAGGGAGACUCAGUCUCAACAUCUCCUCAGGUGACUUGACGAUUUAUAAUUUGACCCCAGAGGAUGCCAUGGAAUACACUGUAGACCUCUUAAACUCUAAAGCACAGGACAAAGUAAACAAGAUCAAGCUGACAGUGAGACGUAAGUACUAG